AUGGGAGAUGAUGAAAACAGAAUCGAUACCUGCUCGUUCGCUCAUAACACAGAGAGAGUGCGUGGAGUAGCGGGAAGCAGGCAUGCGGGGAACGGGAUUACGGAGGGGGAGACGCGUCUUAGGCGGCGCGAGAGGCAGCGGGGCGGGGAGCAGCGGGCUUCUGCCAUUCGAGUGCUGGUCUACCUUCCUGGAAUUAGUUGCACUCCCGCGCACACUUGCGCUUCCUGUUCCCCCGCGCCGCCCCCGCCCUGCAAAUGGAGCCACGCGAAGGCCACACGUACGGAGCAGGGCCCGCACGAGAAGCGGCUGCUCAACGCGCUGCUGGGCCCGUACAACACGCUGGAGCGCCCCGUCGCCAACGAGUCGGAGCCGCUCGAGGUCAAGUUCGGGCUCACGCUGCAGCAGAUCAUCGACGUGGAGUGGGUCGACUACAACCUGCGGUGGAACGAGACGGAGUUCGGCGGAGUGAAGGACCUCCGCAUCACGCCCAACAAGAUCUGGCGCCCAGACAUCCUCAUGUACAACAGUAUUAUAAAAGAUAUAUUUGAAGGCAUAACAAAUGAAGAUACCCUUCUACAAACUUCACCGCGUCAUUGGAUGUUUAAUUUUCAAUGCAAACCUCAACUUUUCUUCUUUCCCAUAAAUGUGCAUUUUUUCUGUAUUAUUAUUGCAACUUGUGACACACUCGACCUCGUGCUCAACUCCGAAGGGGGCGGAGACCUCACCAACUUCAUCACCAACGGCGAGUGGUACCUGCUGGGCACCUACUUCAACUGCAUCAUGUUCAUGGUGGCCUCGUCGGUGGUGCUGACUGUGGUGGUGCUCAACUACCACCACCGCACCGCCGACAUUCACGAGAUGCCGCAGUGGAUCAAGAGCGUCUUCCUGCAGUGGCUGCCGUGGAUCCUGGGGAUGUCGCGCCCGGGCAAGAAGAUCACGCGCAAGACCAUCCUGAUGAGCAACCGCAUGAAGGAGCUGGAGCUGAAGGAGCGCUCCAGCAAGAGCCUGCUGGCCAACCACGUGCUGCGGCGGCGGCGGCGGCGGGCCUACCUGCGCGGGGGCGGCGCGCGGUGGGCGUCGCAACGGGCGCGCUCGACGAGGCCGGCGCGUCGGCGGCGGGCGGGGGCGGCGGGCGCGGCGGGACGGCGGGGCGGCGGCGCGCGGCCGGCGCCCGUCGCCCCCGUGGCGCUCCACCCCGGCGCGGCCCUUUGCCGCCCGUCGCGCAGCGCGAGCUUCGCCCCAUCCUGCGCGGAGCUGCAGUUCAUCACGGGCCGCAUCGCAAGGCGGAAUCAGGAGGCCGAGCUCAUCAGCGACUGGAAGUUCGCCGCCAUUGGUGGUGGAACCGCUUUCUGCCCUCAAUGCAUCUUCAUCCAUGUUCACCAUCAUCGCGACCUGGCCGUGCUGCUCUCCGCGCGCGCCACAUCAUCGUGCAGUAGUGGCCGAUGCUCCGGAAGGCUCCCCGAGACGAAUCUUGAGGCUAAUUGGCGGCGGGCCGCGCCGCGGUACGCGUGCCCGGAAGAAGGCGGGGGAUCUGCACAUGGGGUGGCUUUCUGA